UGUCUUUCGACCAAAGUUACGUAGCGCCAUCACUCUCCCCUAUAAGCCGCCAUCCUUUGUCCAAAACUGUAGCUCACUCAACGUAUCAUAUCAUACAUCCUUCUUCCCUACAAAGCAGCGACCAACCCAAACACCCUGUCAAUGGAGUCCGUAGGUUCCAACUCCCCACCAGCCGAUCCCCAUUCUGUUUACGCUGACCGAUAUAACCUGGCCCAACAUGUAGCCGACCGGAUCAUCCGUGCCCUGCGCCACCCUCUCCGCCUCAUCCACCGCUCCGAUGCCGACUUCUUCGUCUUGGGUUCCACCGGCAAUGUGUACAAGGUGACCCUCGCAGCCAUCCCAUCCUGCUCCUGCCCCGACCGCACCGUGCCCUGCAAGCACGUCCUGUUCGUCAUCCUCCGUGUCCUCGGUUGCUCCUUGGACGACGCAUGCGUCUGGAGGCGGACGCUGAGGCCGUGCCAGCUCGCGCGCCUCCUGAGCACGCCGAUGGCCCCGGACGUCUUGGCCGGCGCCCGGGCGCGCGAGAGGUUUUACCAGCUGUUGCCGGGCGCCAACGGGACGGACCAUCAGACGGCCAUCGGGAGGGAGGACGACGGGGCCGUGUGCCCGAUAUGCUUGGAGGAGAUGGAAGGCGAAGCGGGACUGGCGACCUGCGGCGCGUGCGGGAACUCGCUGCAUGAGGAGUGCCUGGCGAGGUGGAAGAGGAGCCGAGGGAGGAGGGGAGUGAGGUGCGUGAUGUGCAGGGCGCGGUGGAGGAAGAGGAGGGAGCGGGAGCUGUACGUGAACCUGGCAGCCUACGUCGGUGAGGACGACAUGGUGGAGGAUUCCGGGGCGUCAUGCAACGGAGGUUAAGCUACGGGUUCCCGAAGGGGCUCCCAUGGUUGUCCAUCACUACCUUCGUCCGCAGGCCAUUGUAUUGUGUGGCAGCAGCUUAUUGACGACAAUAUGGCCAUGGCAUUACAUGAUCUAGUUAGUGUACGGAUGAUAAUAUUUAGCCAGCAAAAGACAAAUACUAAAUCAAAAUAAUCAAAUGGAUGAUCCAAUGCCUGUCAGAGUUGGCAACCAAGAAUCUAUCUCCAAAUUUCAUUCGAAUGUCAUCCAAUUUAAGCAGAUCUGAUAUCGUAACACCUUACUCUUAGUUUCAUCUAUACUUUACAUUUCAAUUUUUAUUACAA